CUCUUUAUCUGCCUCCCGAUCCAAAGGUGUGCGUGUUUUGAAGAUUCGACGUCGUAGCGAAAAGGAAAAAUAAUAUUUAAUAUUAUUUUUGCGCUGAUUUUUUUGUACUUUUAGAAAGUUUGAAUAGUUUUGCAAAUGAGUCAAACCUUUUAACAUAACUCUCUCAAAUCAAAGUUCGCAGCAACUUUUGAGAAGCAGACGAGCAAUCAACAUGGACGCGGAAAAAUCGAGUAGCAGCUCGUUUGAAGAUCUUUCCAACAUCAAUGAGCAAGAGCGGGCCGAAAUGAAUUCAUCCACAGGCCAGCAACAACAACAGGAAGCAGGCACCAAAAACCAAAAGGAAGAGUAUAUGGACAUCUUGGGGAAUGGGACACUCCUGAAGAAGGUGCUGAAAGAAGGCCAAGGAGAACGACCCGAGAGCAGAGACAUUGCCAUUGUUAACUUCACCGGACGUUUGGAUGAUGGAACCGUCGUGGAAGAAGAGCAGAAUUGUGUGGUUCAGAUCGACGAUGUAGAAGUUGUCCAAGGACUGGAUAUGGCAUUGAAGCUGAUGAAUGUUGGCGAGCAAGCGGAAGUGAUUGUGAGCUCGAGGUUCGCUUACGGAGAGCAAGGCUUGAAGAACGAAGACCAUCCGGAACGAACGGUGCCUCCGAAUGAGAAAAUUACCUACACAGUAGAGCUGGUAUCGACCAAGGAAGAAACCGAUCUGGAGAGCAAAACAUACACGGCCCGGAAGGAGAUCGGUAACAAGAAACGUCUGAGGGGCAACUUCUGGAUGAAACGGCAAGAGUACAAUCUGGCAAUCCAGAGCUACCGAAGGGCGCUGGAAUACCUGGACGAAAGCGAAGGCGGCAUCACGAAUCCGACGGAAAGUGGAAACAUGGAGCCAACGAACGCAGAACUACAAGAACUGUUGGAAGAUCGCAUGAAGGUUUACAACAAUUUAGCUUUAGCUCAAUUGAAGAUUGCAGCGUACGAUGCUGCCCUGAAGUCAGUCGAUCACGUUUUGCAGUGUCAGCCAAACAAUGCAAAGGCUCUGUUCAGGAAAGGAAAAAUUCUCGAUGCUAAAGGUGAUACCGAAGGAGCUAUAUCAUUCCUGCAAAAAGCUGCAACGAUUGAUGAGGACGACAAACUGAUUCAGUCUGAACUUUCCAAACUCAUUUUGAAGUCAAAACGCGAGGCACGCAACGAGAAAGAUCUGUACCAGAAGAUGCUGGGGCAAGCUCAGAAGUUGGAGCAGAAAUCAAAAACUACCCCGGCUACUCAAAAUCGAGAAACUUCCAAGUUCAAGCUAUGGGGCUACCUCAUGGGAUCCAUUUUGAUUGGCGUCGCUGGCGUGGCAAUCUAUCGCUACAACAAUAGGUACUUUUAGAAAAUACCAGGACCAUCGGAACCGUGACGUCGAAAUUUCAAAACUAAGGACAUAGCAAUUGCAUUCAAUAGCGGAUCGUAGCGAGGAUAUUUUUUAGCGAAAUCAUUGCGUCGGUAAUUGGUAACAGUGUUCCAUCAUCACAUUAUCAUGUACUUCGUCACCGAUAAGUGUAGGUUAAUCUUUCAGCUAGGCAAUCAAACACUGCUGACCUAUCAUAACGAACACGGUGGAAAAAUCAUCCUUAAUUAAUAUAAAAAGACAGCUCUGAACAGAAAGAGAAAAAAGUUGUUCUACUAUGUAAAUCUUUACAAUAGCAUUUUUACAUAAUUUAUACUUUCGCUGUCAUCUAUGCAAUCCUAUCAUGCGCGACAAGUAAUGCGACCUGCCGCACAGUUCGUUUUAUUUUUUACUCGAAUGGGAUAACAAAAAUUAUGGCGAUGUUAGAUAUUUACUUUAAUUUCCUAUAGAAUGCCUUUUUAUGUCAGUGGUAGUCGAAUUCUUGGCUUGGGUCGUCAUAUGUCAUUCCACAGUGCAGGUGUAGUACGUAAUAUCACGUCAUGUAAACUUGUGAUGCAUGUAUAGAUUUUCCAAGGUUUUUUUUAAUUAAAUAAAUCCAAAUGUAUAAUAAAAAA